GUUGAUGCCAUAGUGGAAUCACAGUGAAUGCAUACAUUGGCUGCUUCCCAUUGCUCUCUCAAAUCGUAAAAUCUCAACUAAUUCCCAACAAUGCCCUCCUUCUUCUUCCUCUCUCUCUCCUCCAUCUGCUUCCUCCUCCUCCUCCUCCCAUUCUCUCUCUCCUCCCCAUUCAAUACUUCUCUCUUCAUCGACUGUGGAAGUCCCGAAGCUUCCACUGACGCAUUCAACCGCACAUGGCUCCCCGAUCGCUUCUACUCCGGCGGAAGCACCGCCGUCGUCUCCGAGCCUCUUCGUUUCCACCUCGUCGCCGAGAAAACCAUCAGGUACUUCCCUCUCUCCUUCGGCAAGAAGAAUUGCUACGUCGUCCCUCUCCCUCCCGGCCGAUACUACCUCAGGACUUUCACCGUCUACGAUAACUACGACGGCAAGUCUCACUCCCCGUCCUUCGAUGUCUCCGUCGAAGGCACCUUGGUCUUCUCCUGGAGAUCUCCUUGGCCUGAGAAUCUCCUCCGCGACGGCUCUUACUCCGAUCUCUUCGCGUUUAUCGGAGACGGUGAGCUCGAUUUGUGCUUUUACAGCAUCGCCACCGAUCCUCCGAUUGUUGGCUCCCUCGAGGUCUUACAAGUCGAUCCAUCCUCCUACGACGCCGACGGGACCGGUCAGGACGUUCUAUUGGUUAAUUACGGGAGGCUCACUUGUGGUUCGGAUCAGUGGGGGCCUGGGUUCACUAACCACACCGAUGCUUUCGGUCGUUCGUGGCAAUCCGACGAGGAUUUUCGAUCGGAAGGGUCUAGAUCGGCGGCUCGGUCAUUGUCGACGGUGGAGAAAAUCAAGGGAGUGAAUCAGGAGCCUAAUUAUUUUCCGAUGAAGCUUUAUCAGACGGCUGUGACUGUCUCUGGAGGUGGAUCGCUUGUUUACGAGCUGGAGGUUGACGCCAAGCUUGAUUACUUGCUUUGGUUCCAUUUCUCCGAGAUUGAUUCCACGGUGAAGAAGGCUGGGCAGAGAGUGUUUGAUCUGGUGGUGAAUGACAACAAUGUGAGCAGGGUUGAUGUGUUUAGAGAGGUCGGAGGAUUUGCAGCUUAUAGCUUGAACUAUACAGUGAAGAAUCUGAGCAGUACUACUGUGACGGUGAAGCUCUCGCCUAUCUCGGGCCCGCCGAUAAUCAGCGGGUUAGAGAAUUACGCCAUUGUCCCGGCUGAUUUGGCCACCGUGCCUGAACAAGUGGCUGCUAUGAGAGCAUUGAAGGAUUCAUUACGUGUUCCUGAUAGGAUGGGUUGGAAUGGUGAUCCAUGUGCUCCUACUAACUGGGACGCUUGGGAAGGAGUCUCAUGCCGGCCAAACCCGCAAGGAUCCACUCUCGUGAUAUUCCAAAUAGAUCUCGGAAGCCAAGGCUUGAAAGGAUUUAUCAGUGAGCAAAUUAGUCUGCUGACUAAUUUGAAUAGCUUGAACUUGAGUUCAAAUUCAUUGACCGGUCCACUACCUUCAGGUCUUGGUCAUAAAUCCCUUGUGAGUCUUGACUUGUCCAACAAUCAGCUCACGGGUCCUAUACCUGAAAGUCUGGCCUCUUCAAGCUUAAAGAGCGUGCUUUUGAAUGGCAACGAAUUGCAAGGAAAGGUACCAGAGGAGGUUUAUUCAGUUGGUGUUCAUGGUGGAAUUAUCGAUCUCUCUGGAAACAAAGGGUUAUGUGGGGUUCCGUCUCUUCCGUCGUGUCCACUGCUAUGGGAGAAUGGCCACUUAUCCAAAGGGGGUAAAAUAGCCAUAGCCAUAUCUUGUGUGGUGAUAUUCAUUCUGGUACUCUUGGUCAUUUACUUGUGCUGCAUAUGGAGGGGAAGACAUGAUUACGACUUUGCCCCUCCUCACGAUCUAACCUCGCUUGCAGCAAAGAGAAACAGAUACCAGAGGCAGAAGUCGUUAAUGCUACUGGAAAUGGAGAGCCAACACGCGAAAGGAAUGCCCACACUUCCCUUAAAUUCGCAAUAGCUGAGAAAGAGAGAUAGGAAGAGAUUUGACUUGGACAGAGAUCAAGGAGAUGAGAUGAGGAUUAGAGGUUUUUUCUGUGUAAUUAGUAUACAAAGCAUUACUCCUCAACAAGACCACAAAUAACAUUUGAAGAAAGGCAUUGGAUCAAGAGUGUGCAAUUCCACAACAACAACAAAAAGAAAGAAAGUAAGAACUUAAUCUUCCUUCUUUGUAAUAUAUUUUUUGAGUCUUUUUUAGGUCUGAUAUGAAUUAUUAAUUGGUAAGUAUACAUUCUUACUUACGCCCUCCCUUGUAUUUUGUGUUGCAUGUAUCAUACCACAUUGCUGUUCGCUUUUUUUAUAUAUUUUAAGUUUAACGGAUCUCACCAUAUAUGGAU